AUGUGCACACCCAGCCGGGCUGUGACUGAGCCCAGGCUUAGUGCCGACUUUGCUCUAAGAUUGGAAUGGGUGCUGACAGCAGGGGGAAGCCAGGCAGUGGGUGCAGGCAUUUCCAACCCUGCAAGGACAGGGGCUGCCUUCCUGGGCCCUCAAGAGUGCAGGGAUGCCAGGGUCCAUAGCUGCGGUUUGGGUGGCUACAUCUGCGCCCAGUUUGGGUUGGGGUGCGGGGCUCCUGCUUGCUCCAUGGAGCAGGAGACAAUGGAUCUGCAGCCACAACUUGGGCUGCUGUGGCUGCAUCUGGGGAGCUCCUGCCCCACCAACUUGGAAGGGGAGGAGUCUGGGGAAGAUCUGGGUUGUGAGUUCCAGGUUGCUGUUUGCUGCAGGCAGCAUGAGGCGAGAUGGCUGAGGAUCUGGCCUUUGCCUAAUGGUCCACUCUCCGUGUCCAUGUUCUUGGACAGCUCUUGGCUGGUGGCUCAGAAAGACCUCUGCCCUCAGGAGUUGCAGUUCAGUGUGGGAGAUAUGCUUGUACCAGCUGACAAGGGCUGUGACAAAGGGUCCACAGAGCCCAAAGACCCAUUUGGGAUGUCCUCGAGGGACGAGCUGGGGGCCUGGCUGCUCAGCUUCCCCAUCCCUGGGGCUUGUAUCCGGGGUCUGAAGUUCUGGGCAGUUCAGGCCCUGAAUUCAUUCCUCUUCAUCCUCCACAGGCUGUGUGAGACAGCGCAGCUGGGUGGGACCUACCCCGGGCUUGGGGAUGGCGGAGGAGGCACGCCUGGAGUUUUCCUGGGCCCAGUUGGCAGGAGCGUCCACUACAGCUCACUGUGCCCUCCCCACAGUGCGGUCAUCGAGCCCCCUGCAGGCUUCGAGAACAAGGCAGGGAGGAGGGAACUACCUUCACUGUGGGGACCUCUGUGCCCCCUCCUCCUGGGGUCAUCAUUGAGGACAUUUCAGCUGUCGUGUAAGAAGCUUGCACUCAGUGCCAGGCAGGUGGCAGCUGUUCCACAAACACCAGCUCCUCACUGUCCUCGAGGGGACAGCCCCGCCGGCUGGGUGUUAGUUCAGGUGCAUCAUACAGGGCCGGUCAGUGUCGCCCUACAUGGAGUGUCCCCACUUCCCUCCUGCAGUGUCAUUGUCAGCAAGCAUUCAUUGAGCACCAACCGGCUCAGCAUAGACGCCCCUCCCCGGAAGGCAUCUGGCAUCUCUGCAACCCCAGUGCCCAGCACAGGGCCUGGCACAUGGAGGCUCCAGCUGCCCCCAAAGGCCACUGAGCCUGACGCCCCCUUCCAGGGACAUUUGCCUCACGGCCAGCACCACAGGAAACCAAAUGCCCGAGCUGCCCAUGAGCUGAAGGAAUGGUUGCUGAUGUCUGCCCUGUUGUGGGCCAGGAUAAAGAACUGGUGCAGAAUUGUAACACCACCACCACCACCGCCACCACCACCACCACCACCACCAUCACCACCACCACCACCACCAUCAUCACCACCAUCAUCACCAUCACCACCACCACCACCACCAUCACCAUCACCACCAUCAUCACCACCACCACCAUCACCAUCAUCACCACCAUCAUCACCACCACCACCACCAUCACCACCAUCACCACCACCAUCACCACCACCACCACCAUCACCACCACCAUCACCACCAUCAUCACCACCACCACCACCAUCACCACCACCACCACCAGCAUCACCACCACCACCACCACCACCAUCACCACCACCACCACCAGCAUCACCACCACCAUCACCACCACCACCACCAUCACCACCACUACCACCACCACCACCAUCACCACCACCACCACCACUACCACCACCACCAUCACCACCAUCACCAUCACCACCACCAUCACCACCACCACCACCACCACCACCACCACCACCAUCACCACCACCACUACCAUCACCACCACCACCACCACCACCACCACCAUCACCACCACCACUACCACCACCAUCACCACCACCACCACCAGCAUCACCACCACCACCACCAGCACCAGCAUCACCAUCACCACCACCACCACCAUCACCACCACCACCACCACCACCAUCACCAUCACCAGCAUCACCAUCACCACCACCACCACCAGCAUCACCACCACCACCACCAGCACCAGCAUCACCAUCACCACCACCACCACCAUCACCACCACCACCACCACCACCACCACCACCACCACCACCACCACCACCAGCACCAGCAUCACCAUCACCACCACCACCACCAUCACCACCACCACCACCACCACCAUCACCACCACCACUACCACCACCAUCACCACCACCAGCACCAGCAUCACCACCACCACCACCAGCACCACCAUCACCACCACCACCACCACCACCACCAGCAACACCACCACCACCACCAGCACCAGCAUCACCAUCACCACCACCACCACCACCAGCAUCACCACCACCACCACCACCACCAUCACCAGCAUCACCACCACCACCACCAGCACCAGCAUCACCAUCACCACCAUCACCACCAUCACCACCACCACCACCACCAUCACCACCACCACCACCACCAUCACCACCGUCACCACCACCAUCACCACCACCACCAGCAUCACCACCACCACCACCACCACCACCACCACCACCACCACCAGCAUCACCACCACCACCAGCAUCACCACCACCACCACCACCAUCACCACCACCAUCAUCACCACCACUAUCACAGGCAUCACUACCACUACCACCACCAGCACCACCACCACCACCACCACCAUCACCACCACCACCUCUUCCUCCUCCUCCCUUUCCUCCUCUUCCUCCUUCCCUUCCUUCUCUUCCUCUCUCUCCCCCUCUUUCUUAUCCUCCUCCUCCCCUUCCUCCUACUCUUUCUUUCCCUCCUCCUCCUCCCUUCCCUCCCCCUCCCCCUCCCCUCCCCUCCCCUCCCCUCCCCUCCCCUCCCCUCCCCUCCCCUCCCUUCCCCUCC